AUGGCGACCGUCAUUUCUUCCGCGGCACGUCUCAGGGUUCCCAGGCCCUCGCGGGGUGCUCGUGACCUUAUCGCUCGCGCCGCGUCGUCGUCUUCGAAUCCAGGCGAUGGCGGGGAGUCUGGAGACGAAGGAGCCUACGUCGUCGUGUUCCGAGGAAAGGAGAUCAGAGCGAAACCCGGCCAGAGACUCCGCACCGCGCUGCUACUGGGCGGGGAGUCCCCUCACAACGGAGGUGCGAACGCGAUAAACUGCCGCGGGCUCGGCACCUGUGGCACGUGCGCGGUGGAGAUUGUCCCGUCCGGUGCGGUGACACCCCGGGACUGGACAGACGCCGAGAGGAUCAGACUCAACUUCCCACCGCACGGACCACCCGGGAACUCCAGGCUCAGGCUAUCGUGCCAGGUGAGGUUGGGUGGCGACUGCGAGGUGGUGAAGCGGGACAAGUUCUGGGGCCAGGGCGACGACGUGCUCGGGCCGAGACGGGACGACGAAACGGAGGGGAUGACGACGCCGCCGCUCGGAGCGUUGGAGUUUCUGCUCGACGGCGACGAGUGGCGAGAAGGAGGGGCGUUGGGGACGGGUUUAGGGUUAAGAAGGAGCGGACGGAGCGACGACGGGGAGCGAUGA